ACGUGGGCUCUAUCAUGAAGGGCGGCGCUGUGGCCCUCGACAGCCGCAUAGAGCCCGGAGAUAUGAUACUACAGGUGAAUGACGUGAACUUCGAGGACAUGUCCAACGACGACGCCGUACGGGUGCUUCGCGAGGCCGUGCAAAAGCCCGGCGCAAUCAAACUGGUGGUGGCCAAGUGCUGGGACCCCAACCCCAAGGGCUACUUCACGAUACCCCGUACCGAACCCGUCAGACCGAUAGAUCCGGGCGCGUGGGUCGCCCAUACGGAGGCCGCGCGGGCUAAUCAAUUCAGUGAACAAGACUAUCCGCUGAGACCGCCCUCUGUCUCGACACUAACCUCCACCUCGUCGUCGAUCACGACAUCCAUACCGGAAACGGAGCGCCAAUUGAUAAUGGAUUCGGCGCACCUGUCAGUGGACAUGGAUAUGAUGACAAUCGCCAAAUCGAUGGCUAAUCUGGACUCAGGCCUGGAAGUGAAGGACCGAAUGUGGCUUAAGAUAUUGAUACCGAACGCGUUCAUCGGCUCGGAAACAGUGGACUGGUUGUACCGCAACGUACAGGGCUUUCAGGACCGACGGGAGGCCCGCAAAUACGCCAAUCAAAUGCUAAAACAGGGACUCAUUAAGCAUACGGUGAACAAGAGCUCCUUCUCCGAGCAGUGCUACUAUGUGUUCAACGACUCGCUUCUGGAGCGAGACUUCGCCGCACUGAAGGUGAACGACGACGAUCUGCCG